AUGGAGGCUCUAGACAAAGUUAUCAUCAACUGGAGGACUAUUCUACGUUUGCUCAUCAAGCAGAUGAAACGUGGAUUUAAUACUGAUAUCAAAAACCGAGCUGCCAAUCGAGACGCGGAAGAAAACAACAAAGCAUCGACGAGCAGCUCUCCGAUCAGUCAGGAGUCUGGUAGUUUAGGUUGGAUGAGAAAUAAGAAAGAAAGAAAACACGGGAAGCAUAUUCUGUUUCAGUAGUUCCGACAAUGUCGCAGUCUCUCACUCUACCAGUCAUAAACAACAACUACCGUAAGGGAAGCGACAGUAGAUGUAAGAGCUAAGGAGAAAGUUCGCAUCCACAUAUAUCUCUUACAGUAUCCACGGUUUCUGCGGUGUCCUCAGUCUCGGUAUCCCCGGCAGUUGAGCGAGCUCCGUCGACAGGACUGUUCCGACCUCUGAAGGAGUUUGCCCGUCGUCGCUUUAUAAAUCAUUUUUGA